AUGGUCCUGAUAACUGGGAAGAAGUUUGGGAAGUUCCACGAGGGAUUUCAGUUCAGACUCGUUAUCUGUAGAUUUUUGAGGUUGAAUCCCUCUCUGGAACUUGUAAAUGUUUUUUGCCAGAGAAAACAUUUUCUGCGCAGUAAAGUCAACGGCUUAACUUGGGCAAGGGCUGGUGUGGCUUUGCUUCUGCUAUGCUCGAGGAAGCUUGAGUCCGAAGGGUACAGCGCUUUUUGUGAUGACAAUAUGACUCACAGUAAAGGAAGAUCUGUCACUUGCAAGACAAGUAGCAGCCCAGAUAGUGGAGGAGGCUUUGUAGAUUGGACUUUAAACUUAAACACAAUUCAGUCUGACAAGUUUUUGAACUUACUUUUAAGUAUGGUGCCAGUCAUUUACCAGAAGAACCAGGACGACAGGCAUAAGAAAGCCAACGGCAUUUGGCAGGACGGAUUGCCAGGUGCAGCGCAGACCUUCAGCAAGCGGUCAGAGCCACAUCUGGACUACCACGAGUUCUCAGAGCAGGCCUUCCACGGCAGCAGUGGGCAUGCUCCAGCCAGCUGCAGCCCCAAGUAUGACGACUAUGCCGGCUACAACUACUGUGAUGGAAGGGAGGCUUCAGAGACCACCGCCAUGUUACAGGACGAAGAUCUGUCCAGCGAGGGUGGUGAUGUUAUUGUGGAAACAAGCCACAGGCUACCCAAGGAGUCCAGUGGCAUCAUGGCUCUGCAGAUACUCGUGCCGUUCCUGCUGGCUGGGUUUGGAACGGUCUCCGCCGGCAUGGUUUUGGACAUAGUACAGCACUGGGAGGUGUUCAAGAAUGUGACAGAAGUUUUCAUUUUAGUCCCUGCACUUCUUGGUCUGAAAGGGAACUUGGAAAUGACGCUGGCGUCUCGGCUAUCCACUGCAGUAAAUGUUGGGAAGAUGGACUCACCCAUUGAAAAGUGGAAUCUGAUCAUUGGCAACUUGGCUUUGAAGCAGGUCCAGGCCACAGUGGUUGGCUUCUUAGCAGCUGUGGCAGCCAUCAUAUUGGGCUGGAUUCCAGAAGGGAAAUAUUACCUCAGCCACUCCGUGCUUCUGUGCUCCAGUAGUGUGGCGACUGCAUUCAUCGCCUCUCUUCUGCAGGGAAUAAUAAUGGUUGGUGUUAUCGUUGGCUCCAAGAAGACAGGCAUAAACCCGGACAACGUGGCCACGCCCAUUGCUGCUAGUUUUGGUGAUCUGAUAACUCUCGCCAUAUUAGCGUGGAUAAGUCAGGGUUUGUACUCCUGUCUUGAGACAUAUUAUUACAUCUCUCCAUUAGUUUGUGCCUUUUUCUUGGCUUUGACACCUAUUUGGAUUAUAAUCGCUGCCAAACAUCCUGCUACCAGGACAGUGCUCCACUCAGGCUGGGAGCCGGUCAUAACAGCCAUGGUCAUUAGCAGCAUUGGGGGCCUUAUUCUGGACACAACUGUAUCUGACCCAAACUUGGUUGGGAUUGUCGUUUACACGCCAGUUAUCAAUGGUAUCGGUGGCAAUUUGGUGGCCAUUCAGGCUAGCAGGAUCUCUACCUACCUCCAUUUGCAUAGCAUCCCUGGAGAAUUGCCGGAAGAGCCCAAAGGUUGUUCCUACCCGUUUAGGACGUUCUUUGGUUCAGGAGUGAACAAUAAGUCUGCGCAAGUUCUUCUGCUCCUAGUGGUUCCGGGCCACUUGAUUUUCCUCUACACAAUUCACCUGAUGAAGAGCGGCCACACCUCUCUGACUAUAGUCUUCGUUGUCGUGUACCUACUUGCUGCCGUGCUACAGGUGUUCACCUUGCUGUGGAUUGCUGACUGGAUGGUCCAUCGCUUCUGGAGGAAGGGGAAAGACCCAGACAGUUUCUCCAUCCCGUACCUGACAGCGCUGGGUGACUUGCUUGGGACAGCUCUGCUGGCCCUAAGUUUCCAUUUUCUCUGGCUUAUUGGAGACCGCGAUGGAGAUGUUGGGGACUAAGGAUCCUAGAAGCUGUUGCAGGGUCACCCAGGAGGAGAACACAAGGCAGCCACUGCUGCCCUUCCCCAAAGCUCUGAAUCUGUCAUGUGACUUUGCCGGGCUAGUCUGCGGUUCACCCUGACUCCAUAAAUGGCCUUAAUGUACUUUUUAAGGAAUUUGUGUUGAAACACGACUUGUGCUGCUUUUUGUAGAAUAAAUAAUUUGACACAGACAUAGAUACAAGGUCACACUCUAAAAUUAAUUAGGAAAGAAUCUAGGAUGUUUACAAUGGAUAAUUUUGAAACCACAAAUCUAGCAGAAAUAUACUUUAUUAUUAGGGUUAUCAUGCAAGGUUGGAGGCAAGGAGCUUUAGCCU